CUCGGAGCGCGUGCUUGGACUUAUAGAAAUCCAACGUAUCCGACAGCCAUGUUCAACAAAAAGACCGCUUUCGUGAUAUAUCACGCGAGGCUUAAAGGAAACUUUGGAUAGUGCCCUGGGCAUGAUUUCAGGAGUGGCUUCACAGUCAAACCGCUAUACAGUUCCAACGCCGAUCUACCACAUUUUUCUCCCCGAAGACAAGUAGGUGAAAACGUGCUACCUGCCGAAGUAAAGCUACAAUGAACGCUUUGCUUCGGAGUAGUCGCCUAAACGAAGACCAUGGUACAAGCGAUCCCCCGUCGAAGACUCGGAGUCUAAGGGAAGCGUUGUCCAUUGGCAGCAGUAGUAGUCAUCACGGCCGCCGUAAUAUUUUAUCCUUUAGCCGGCAUGGCAAGAAAGGCAAGGCAUUUGAUCAGUUCGAAGACAACAACGAUGGCGAUGAUGACGAUGCUGUGGGACUGAUGGAGGAAAGUCAUAUAGAAUUCGGUGAGGAUUCCUUGGAAGGCACCACCGCCGACUGGCUGCAAUGCGAUUACAGAUUGCAAAGCCGAGAAAACUUAGACAAGCGUCUCUUUCCUGACAAUAACUUACCACAACAACUCGACUUUCCCGACAAUAUCAAGGUAGAGAAGAGAUCAAUCACAAAAAAAAUCCUUAGACGGGUUCGUCGAUCGAAAACAAACGGGGAGGCCGAAUCUGAUGAUCCAGGCGAAGGAGAAAAGUCUUUGGAGACUACGUCUCCUGGUACAGAAGAAAAAUGGGACCAUUCACCCCGACGAAAGCUCUUCUUCAAUCUAAGACCCAAGAACGCGAAGGCCAUUCUUUUGGAUUCAUGUGGAAACUUCAGCUUUGAUUUUUGCGAGGAAGAUCUCGCCGGGCAGGAUGAUGCCGCUGACGAGCACGUCAGCGAUUCGGAAAAUGAUGAAUCCGACGAGAACUCCAACACCUAUUCAGAAACUAGUGACACGGAGCACGAUGAUAGCAAAGAUCGUCCGGGUUCUAUUAGGGAGAGGCGAAAUGCUACCGAUGAAGCAGAUCCUACCACCGAUGUCAAAGGUACAAUUAUUUCGGGAAAGCCGAGUCUCGCCAAACAGCGUCGAAAGUCAACCCGAUCCCGGAAUGUCGACACUGAAAGGCAAGUAGUAAGCAAUGAGAUGCGAAGAAGUCGUCAAAGGCGCUUCAAAACGACGAGUACGACGGAGGGAAAUCCUCGGAAUUUGAAAUCGGAAAACGAAAAAAAGAAUGCGACUUUCGAGGGACCAGACGAAAAUCUCGCUUUAGCGAGCGUUGAAACGCAUUUGGCAAAUGAGGAGGAAUCGAUCCAUUCUUCAGACUUGUGUGGUGGCCGUCCAAGGACGCAAGGCUCCCGAAGAUUUACACCAGUCCGAUGCAAGCCAACCGGUGCGAAUGAUACUCGUCGGUCUAAGCCUGUUCGAGCUUCAACUCGCCGGCGUACGCUACCUCCAAAGCCUGACCGAGGCUUCCCCAGACCUGCUGCCGCAGACAACACUGGAGAAAAUGGGGGCCUAAAGCAAAAUGAUUCUCGCGGCGUCACGGAUGGAAACGUCAAUUGGAUUGGCGAGGGCGAAAAAUCAGGUGAAGACAGGCAUCUGGAACUUGACAUUGUGGCGCUAACAACAUCGGAGUAGGAUUAUACAUCUGAACUCUGGUAUUCACCAUUGGAUGCGAACUCGCGCAUUUGACGACACCGAGAAAUUAUGUUUAAUUCCGCGAUUUUGCAACACAAUAUCAUCACUUUUUUAUCACCUUUGGUUGCUACAACCAGAAGUUUUGCAAAAAAGGUAGAUUGUCAGGUGACCUCAUUA